GGACCGCGUGGCCGUGCGAGUCCCGGGACGCGGGCAGAGCUCCCGGUGACAGCGGGCCGGGGAGAGAGUGAGAAAACCGCCGUUCUACGCUGCCGGUCCCAGGCCCCAGGGAGCCGCACCGUCCCAAACCGGCGGAUAACUUCCUUCGUGUCCGCGAGGUGCACCUAUGACCCUGCACUGCCCGACGCCCGGGGGCCGUCACCUAGAGGGAGAGGCUUCGCAGGGUGGCCACUAGAGCCUGUCCCCCACGCCCCUGCUCAGCCCCUAUUGCCCAGAGUCCUCUGGUUCCCUCAUACAGCAUCUGCAAGCAGUGAUGCAACUAAAUUAGCCUUAGUACUGCGACCCUUUAAUUGAAUGAGCUUAACAGAUUCUCUCCCAAAAGUUGGUUUGAUGGAGGCCAUAAAGACAUUGGACGCCUGGAGGUUUCGACCCUGACCAGCUCUGAGGUCCAUCAUGGCCCUCUAUUUUGACCACCGAAUAGAAGCCCCAGACUCAGUCGGGUCUCCUUCCCACAUCAGCUGGCACCCUGUUCAUCCAUUCCUAGUGGUCGCCUCCAUCAGCACAACCUCAGGAGGCAGUGUGGAUAUAUAUCUGGAACAGGGUGAGCCCGUGCCUGAUACGCAUAUUGAACGGUCAGUCCGGGUCACUUCCCUGUGCUGGCACCCGACGCGGCUGAUCCUGGCUGUUGGCUGGGAGACCGGAGAAGUGGUAGUGUUCAAUAAGCAGGACAAGGAGCAGCACGCAGUCCCCCCGACGCACACUGCCGACAUCACCAUCCUCACCUGGAGCACCAGCGGGAACUGCCUCGUGUCAGGAGAUAAGCUUGGUGUCCUGCUCUUAUGGAGGUUGGACCAAAGGGGUCGAGUCCAAGGGACCCCCCUGCUGAGACAUGAGUAUGGAAAACACCUAACUCACUGCAUCUUCCGGCUGCCCCCUCCUGGCGAGGACCUCGUUCAGUUGGCAAAGGCGGCUGUGAGCGGCGAUGAGAAAGCCCUGGACAUGUUUAACUGGAGGAAAAGCGGCUUUGGAAAUUUCUUGAAAAUGGGAUCUCAAGAGGGGCUGUCAUUUUUUGUCAGCUUGAUGGAUGGGACAGUGCACUAUGUGGAUGAGAAAGGCGAGACCACCCGGGUGGCGUCCACAGAGAGCUCCAUCCAGACGCUGUUCUACAUCGAGAAAAGGGAGGCGCUGGUGGUGGUCACGGAAAACCUGCUGCUGUCCCUGUACUUGGUGACUCCCGAGGGCGAAGCGGAGGAAGUGAUGAAGGUCAAGUUGAGUGGGAAAACAGGUCACCGGGCAGACAUCGCUUUGAUUGAAGGCAGCCUUCUUGUGACCGCCGUGGGGGAAGCAGUCCUCAGAUUCUGGGACUUAGAACGAGGAGAGAAUUAUGUGCUGAGUCCAGAGGAGAAGUUUGGUUUUGAAAAAGGAGAGAAUAUAAACUGUGUUUCUUACUGUAAAGUCAAAGGUCUUCUGGCAGCGGGUACUGAUAAAGGGAGAGUAGCCAUGUGGAGAAAAGUGCCCAGCCCCCCGAACAGCCGAGGAGUGGAGGGCAAAGACAGGUGGACCCUUCAAACCCCUACUGAGCUUGAAGGAAACAUCACACAGAUAAAGUGGGGCUCCAGGAGGAACCUUCUGGCAGUGAACAACAUCAGCUCUGUGGUGGUCCUCAGCGAGCAGGCCAUGUCAGCGCACCUCCACCAGCAAGUGGCCGUGGUGCAGAUCUCCCCGAGCUUACUCAGUGUGGCCUUCCUGUCCACUGGCGUGACGCACAGCCUACGCACGGACAUGCACGUCAGCGGAGUGUUUGCCACCAAGGACGCAGUUGCCGUCUGGAAUGGGAAACAGGUGGUGAUCUUUGAGCCUUCUGGAGCCGCGUUACGAAAUGCAGGUACUUUCCUGUGUGAGUCUCCAGUGUUAGCAAUGCACGAAGAAAACGUUUAUACAGUGGAGCCAAACCGAGUUCAAGUUCGAACCUGGCAGGGAACUGUGAAGCAACUCUUGCUUUUCUCCGAGACGGAGGGGAAUCCGUGCUUCUUUGACAUCUGUGGAAAUUUCCUGGUUGUAGGGACAGACUUGGCUCACUUUAAAAGUUUUGAUCUUUCCCGAAGGGAGGCGAAAGUGCACUGCAACUGCAAGAGCCUGGCUGAGCUGGUGCCCGGUGCAGGGGGCAUGGCGUCGCUGCGAUGUAAUGCCAAUGGCAGCAAGAUCAGCAUCCUCCUCAGCAAGGCUGACAACAGCCCUGAUUCUAAAAUCUGCUUCUAUGACGUGGAAAUGGACACGGUGACCAUCCUUGACUUCAAGACAGGACAGAUUGAUCGGAGAGAGACAUUGUCCUUCAAUGGGCAGGAGACUAAGAAGAGCCACGCCUUUGCAGAUGAGAGACUGACCAAUCUCAUUCCCGUGAGCCAUUUCUGGGAUCAGAGCGAGCCCAGGCUGUUCGUGUGCGAAGCUGUGCGGGAGGUGCCGGGAGCCCAGCUGCUGCCCACAGACAAGAAGCCACACGCCGAGGAUGGCGCAGGCCCCUUGGCGGACGUAUUGAUUCUGUCCUUCUUCAUUUCUGAAGAGCACGGCUUCUUGCUUCAGGAGAGCUUCCCCCAGCCUCCCACCUUCCAGACUCUUCUGGGAAUUGAAGUGCCCCAUUACUACUUCACAAGAAAGCCAGGAGAAGCAGACAGAGAGGACCAGGUGGAUUCAGGGUACCACCGCAUCCCCCAGCUGGUGGGCAGGAGACCCCUGCGAGACUUCGUGGGGCUGGAGGACUGUGACAAGCCCACUCGGGACGCCGUGCUCAACUUCAGCUUCUUCGUCACCGUCGGAGACAUGGACGAAGCUUUCAGAUCCAUCAAGCUCAUCAAAAGUGAGGCUGUCUGGGAGAAUAUGGCACGAAUGUGUGUGAAGACCCAGCGGCUGGAUGUCGCCAAGGUGUGCCUGGGGCACAUGGGCCACGCACGCGGAGCCCGAGCACUGCGGGAGGCUGAGCAGGAGCCGGAGCUGGAAGCCAGGGUGGCCGUGCUGGCCAUACAGCUGGGCAUGCUGGAGGAUGCCGAGCAGCUAUACAAGAACUGCAAGCGCUACGACCUUCUGAACAAGCUCUACCAGGCCUCCGACCAGUGGCAGAAAGCGGUGGAAGUCGCCGAGCUCCACGACCGCAUCCAUCUGCGCACCACCUACUACAACUACGCCAGGCACCUGGAGGCCAGUGCCGACUGCAGCCGGGCCCUCACUUACUAUGAGAAGUCAGACACGCACUGCUUCGAGGUGCCCAGGAUGCUGUCGGAGGACCUGCACUCCCUGGAGCUGUACAUCAAUAAGAUGAAGGACAAGACCCUGUGGAGGUGGUGGGCCCAGUACCUGGAGAGCCAGGCGGAGAUGGAGGCCGCGCUGCGCUACUAUGAGCUGGCACAGGACCACUUCUCCCUGGUCCGCAUUUACUGCUUCCAGGGCAACAUCCAGAAGGCUGCUGAAAUAGCCAAUGAGACAGGAAACUGGGCCGCGUCGUACCACCUGGCCCGCCAGUAUGAGAGCCAGGAGGAAGUGAGGCAGGCAGUGCACUUCUACAGACAAGCGCAGGCCUUCAACAACGCCAUCCGCCUGUGCAAGGAGAAUGGCCUGGACGACCAGCUCAUGAACUUGGCCCUGCUGAGCUCCCCCGAGGACAUGAUCGAGGCAGCACGCUACUACGAGGAAAAGGGCGAGCAGAUGGACAGGGCAGUCAUGCUGUACCACAAGGCUGGCCACUUCUCCAAGGCCCUGGAGCUGGCCUUUGCCACCCAGCAGUUUGUGGCCCUGCAGCUCAUAGCGGAGGACUUGGACGAGAAGUCGGACCCCGCCCUCCUGUCCCGCUGCUCGGACUUCUUCCUUGAGCACAGUCAGUAUGAGAAGGCAGUGGAGCUGCUGCUGGCCGCCAAGAAGUAUCACGAAGCCCUGCAGCUGUGCCUGGAGCAGAACAUGACCAUCACCGAGGAGAUGGCCGAGAAGAUGACAGUGGCCAAGGACUCCAAGGCCCUGUCGGAAGAGGCCCGGCGGGAGCUGCUGGAGCAGAUAGCCCACUGCUGCAUGCGCCAGGGCAACUACCACCUGGCGACCAAGAAGUACACGCAGGCCGGGAACAAGCUGAAGGCCAUGAGAGCACUGCUGAAGUCUGGGGACACGGAGAAAAUCAUCUUCUUUGCGGGCGUCUCGAGGCAAAAGGAAAUCUACAUCAUGGCUGCCAACUACCUGCAGUCCCUGGACUGGCGGCGGGAGCCCGAGAUCAUGAAGAACAUCAUCGGCUUCUACACCAAGGGGCGUGCCCUGGACCUGCUGGCGGGCUUUUACGAUGCCUGUGCCCAGGUGGAGAUUGAUGAAUACCAGAACUACGACAAAGCCCACGGGGCACUGACGGAGGCCUACAAGUGCCUGUCCAAGGCCAAGGCCAAGAGUCCCCUGGACCAGGAGGCCAGGCUGGCUCGGCUGCAGAGCAAGAUGGCGCUGGUGGAGCGGUUCGUCCAGGCCCGCAGGACGUACACCGAGGACCCCAAGGAGUCGGUCAGGCAGUGCGAGCUGCUGCUGGAAGAGCCGGACCUGGACAGCACCAUCCGCGUCGGGGACGUGUACGGCUUCCUGGUGGAGCACUACCUGCAGAUGGAGGAGUUCCAGAUGGCCUACAAGUACCUGGAGGAGAUGCGGAGGAGACUGCCCUCCGCCAACAUGUCGUACUACGUGAGCCAGCGGACCGUGGACGCCGUGCACCAGGGCCUGGGCAUCCCUCUGCUGCGCGUGGCGCCUGAGCGGACCCGCCACAACAGCAUGGAGGACCACAGGGAGAUGGGCGAGGAGGUGGCGGAGGAGGUGGAGAACGACCCCUGACGGCCACGGUCUGCUGUUGCGAAAGCUCUUCUGGAACUUUCAUCACUGGUAGCAGCAAGAGGCUCCUUUGGAAAGAACUUUUGUAUCUGCGGACAAGGCAGAGCUGUGGGAAGAUGCGGCGCCCACCGCGGCCCGGGGGCACUGGCUGCCUGCCUGCCUGAGCGGGGACAGUGUGUGUAGUUUGGAGCCAUCCCAUCCACUCCUGGCCCCUGGGAGUUUUCGUUCAGCUCCUUUACUAUCAAGGGAGUUGGUUCAUUUUUCCCAUGACAUUUCCCGAGUCCAGACUGUAAAACCUAAGAAACUUCCAGAAUUUCUUGAACCGAGGCUAUUAGUAUAUUACUGCACCUCGUCUCAGCACCCAGGUGGGUUGUGACACCUGCUCCUGAGCAGAAGGCCCGACGUCUGCUGGAGUGAGGAGACACCAGGGUGGCCGGUGGGCACGUUCCCUCUGUGUGGUAGCCUCCCAGCAGCUCUCGUGGCCCUGCCCUUUCUGUCACCAGCUCCUACUGUGAGGGGAUGGUUGACCUAAAGGCUCUCCCACCCCCAGCUCCAAAACUCUUCUCAUAGUUUAUUUAUUUUCUCAGAGACCCAUGUCCCUUCCUGCCCCCAUUUUUCAGUCUCCCCUUCGGAGGGCUUCUCUGGGCCCCAAAUUCCCUGCCCGAGUAGCGAGAAGACAAGCAAAGCUUGGAUUU